CUAUAGUGCGAGCUGGUACGCACGAAAGCAGUAUUAACCACAGCCAGAGCCCGGUACACUCUUUUCAGAAAAGACUCGUUUUCAUUUUGGUGAACAAAUAACAGUUUUGAAGGCCAAAGUGUAUGAAUGGUAUAAUUACUGUCAAAAGGAACAGGGACAGCUCCGUUCCAUAAGGACUGGUCUCUGACUCGGUGUCUACACAUGCGUCUUAGUUUCUCGGUUAGUAUAUAGGCCCUACACAUUCGUUGGAGCUUCACUGUAAGGCCUGAUCUCUCAGCAAUGGAUGUAAAAGACUUGACGUUGCCGAGCAGCACUUGACGUUUUACGCUCCUGGACUACCACGGAUUUGAUAUUUGAGAAUAUGUUAAGUCUACAUGUAAAAUGUACAUUCGGCCCCAAAAAACCGUCUUAAGUAAACUCUUCGGCUGACUUGAAGUAUUCUUACAUGGACUACAAGUUAAUGUGUUCUUUCGCUUGGAUGUAAUGUGAUUAUAUACAACUGGACACUAACUUCUCCGUUGAUCGAGUGCGUUUUUGGGCGUGACCUAUACGAGUUUAGCCCGGGCGUAUCAGUGAUUACAUACAACUGGACACUAACUUCUCUGCUGAUCGAGUGCGAUUUUGGGUGUGAACUAUACGAGUUUAGCCCGGGUGUAUCGUGUGAACUUCAACAGGAUAUGCUCGUAUCCACUGAGAGACAAGUGAAGUGACAUCAUCUGUGAACUGUACGGCUUAACGACACAGCAACUGUGGCUUAAUCAUCGUAUACUCUUGAUCAUGUGAUCUUUUUGCGGAUUCGACACGUUAUUGUCUAUGGACUAUUAUUUUACCUUUUAUCUGGACUGGUCGUCUCUGAUGAUCGUAUUCAUCCAUCGUUGUCUAAUGAUGGAGCAAUUCCAGAUUUUGAGCAUUGGACUGGUGAUAUGUCUUGUCCUGUUAACUACGGGUUCGUGUGAUUUUAGCCUGGGUCAUGAUUUUAUAUGACAUUUGUCGCGAGUAACAAUCGAGUUUUGAAACAAAAGCAUAACAUUUGAAGUCAACGCACAUUCGAUGCUGAGCAGGCUAUGAAUUCCGGAUUUAAGGUUACGUAUUUUUCCUAUUUCAUCCUUUCCGUGUGAUUCACGACAUGGUGUUUGUUAAAUCGGCUUUCGUUAAAAAGCUUUGAAGUUCGCUGAAUUGGUUUAAAAUUCCGAUCAUCGCGUCAUGGAAACGUUAUGGAUAAUUAUCUGGGCCAUCACCAGCCUGCCCACAGCACUACCGGCCCAACCGAACGUUUCCAACACGACACUUCCUGUCUUGCGCAACGUGAGCCUCCCCACCGGAUGGAAUACAAUGUGUCAUACUUCCGUCGCCUUCGUAGAUUGGCAUAUAACCACCCUCAGUGAAAACGAAGUAAGUAACAUGAUGCAGGUAUCGUGUACACUUCAGGCCAACUCGUCCUUAAAUUUAAUUGAUUUUCGCAACUGGACCGCGAGGAUGCCCUCCAGUCAGAAAUUCGCCGUGCAGGUCAGCUGCUCUAAUAAAGCCGUGUUUCGCGCGCCCUGGCCCAUGAAAGCUAAGAAUUUAGUGUUCUUAAGAAUAAAGGAUUGCAUCAUAGAAGACUAUUUCGUGGAAUACUUCGAUCCCCAGGUCAGCCAAAUUAAAGAUGAAAUACGUGUUUUGGAAAUAAAACAUUCAGUCAUUCCUAUUCAUUUCUUAAAACUACAGGAAUUAGUGAAAAACUAUACCGAAAUUGUUUCAGAUUCAUACUGCGGACCAGUAACAGUAGAGAAGGCGGCAUUCAAUGGGAUUGUGUUUGAACCGAGAUUUCCUUCAUCAUUCGGUGCUCCAUCGGAUUUGUCCGAUGUUCCACCGGGUUGUUCCGAUCCUAAAGACUUCGUGUCUGACACUUUAGGAGGCAAAAGAACAUUAAGUCCAGACGAAUUUCUGAAGAUGAUUGAAAUAGGCGAAGCACUCGACAGGCUCAUCAAACUUUUCCUGGGUACUGAUAUUGGAUUCUCUUGUACGUACGAGAACCUUAUCUUGUUUGACGAGAGCAACUCGGCAUCCCUUUCCUCCAUGGAUGUAAUCAAGAAAAAUUCCAGGUUUAAGGAGCUGCUGACCUACAAUCUCUCCUCGGUUGGCUUUACACGAGUUCCUACUGAGCUCAUCAACUGGAGAUCGUACACCCAUUUCCCCAAGCUGAAGUACCUCGAUCUCUCGCACAACUGUAUCUCCGACUUCGACUUCGCUGACUUCGAUGUUACUGACAAUGUCUCCGCGCCUGAAACAGGCGUCAUCGACCUCCGUUACAACAACAUCACACAACUGAACAAGAAAACAUUGGACUCGCUCUUCAAUCUAAAGAGCGCCACAGUCCUCGUGCAGGACAACCCUUUGGACUGCAGCUGCGAAAGCGUUUCUCAUCUAAUACGUCUCCUGAAAAAUAGGUCAAGUCUAGGGAGAUACGAAUAUUUACGUCGCCUCCAAUGUGCUACUCCUCGCCAGAUUAGUGACAGUCGUACCCAAGUGGGACAACUGACAGAAAGCAGGGUGUGUCCAACAACACCUCAAACGGACUUAAUCAUACUUUGCAGCGCUCUUGGAGCCACAGUGUUGCUGUUGAUAGUGGCGUCUGUCCUUCUCAUUCACUACAGGAAAGAACUAAUUAUCAUCACGUUCACGCGCCUGCGCAUAAAGCUGUCGUGCCGAAAGUCGCCACCGCUGCCAAUGAAAACGUAUGAUGUCUUCAUAUCGUCAUGUGACGAUGAUCGAGAAUGGGUAAAAAAGAACGUCAUCGACGCCUUGAAUAAUUUCAAGGGGAAGUCUUUUAAUAUGUGUCUCCGGGAGAACUGGGAGUAUGGCGUCCCCAUCGCAGAUAUGAUUGCAAAGAGCAUAGACACGAGUGUUCACACGCUCGCGGUGAUUUCCAGCCAGUCUCUUAGAGAUGAAUGGCGUCACUUCGAGUUUUCCCUAGCUCUUCAUCAGAGUCUUCAAGAAAAACGACGCCACCUUAUUGUCCUGUUUAAAGAGGACGUGUCCAAAACGGACCUCUUGUCUGACAUGAGAAAAUACGUGGCCACAACUCCAUGUCUCCAUUUUAACAAACGACUUUACAGAGACAGAUUGAUAUAUGCUUUAUGCCACGAUGAAAAAACCAACCCAACAUUGUCUGCUCGGUCGUCAGAUACCAGUUUGGAAAGCGACAGCACAUUUGUAUCGCUGUGAGGAGGAUACUGCUUCCCCUCUCAUAAAGUCGUUUCUUACCAAUGACAACAGUAAUAUUCGACUGUAGGCUGAACUGCGGAUAAAAUAAAAAAACAUAGAAAAAUGCAAUAAGCGUAGCCUUAAGUCCCAAUGGAUUCAUACACGUCCGUGAAAGGAAUUCAAAUAAGAUUGCUCAAGCAGGCCAAAAACUAAAUAUUUGUUCACGGUGAAUUUUAGAGCAUCUGGUGAAUGUUCCCGGUGUCGAUGUAAGCCUAGCUGUUUGUAAUGGUUUUAAUCGUCUUCUUCUUUUGGACAUUUUCCUUUACGCAUAUCAAAACAAAAAGACCAUUGAAACAAUUUCCUGGAAGUUACUAUAUA